AUGCAUAUCAUUAAAAAGAGUGAACCUGCUACGCUGAAAAUAGUGCCUAAAAUAAAUUGUCUGUCACCUUCAGAUAGUGCUCCAGGUUAUUAUGGCACUGUCGGCUCCGGCCAGAAUCCGGCGGCAAGGAACUUGCUGGAAUCGGCGAAAGCUGUGCCAGAAUCGAGAAGAGCUGUACCGGAACCGACUCAGAUUUCAACCAAUCCAGUCGCCGGAAUGACCGACUUGGGUGCUGUCACAUCAACCGUACAGUGCGAAGUCUCCAUAACCCUUUCUGGUCGGCUCGCAGAAGACAACAAGAAAGAAAUGUUAAUACUGCAUAUUCUGCAUCUUUUAUAUAUGGAUGCUACCAUAUUUCAUCCGCAAGUUCAAAGAACUAACACAGAGCUGUUUGUCAACAUGUUGCCAUUUGGCAACAUCUGGCCAAUAGAACUGUCACCAACUCAGGUCAACAAAUCCGAUGCUGGAUCCGAUCGGAUCUUACCGGAUCCGACUAGAAAAAUCCCGUCGAAAAUCCAGGAAAUCCAUGUUUCGGAUCCGACGAGGGAUCCGAGACCGUCGGAAUCCAAUGCGAUUCCGUCACCAGGAUUUCAUCGGAUCCGUCGAAUUCCUGUAGGAUCUGAUAAAAUUCUGUAUUGGAUCCGAUGGGAUCCGAGUAUGGGGUUGUUCGAUCUGGGAAACUAUUGCCCAUCUAUGAAAAAAAUAACUGGCUUUUUUAAUUUUUUUCUACCCUUACGGCCAGAUGUUGCCAAAUGGCAACAUACUCAAAUUUUGUUAUUCGAAAAUCCUAAUUAA